UGACUUUUGUGACGAUUAUUUGUAAACAAGAAAAAAAUACGAAAAUGAACGUAUUAAACAGGAAGAUGGAGAAAUUGGGCAUACGGAUUUGGACUAAAAAAAAAUUGGACCCUCGUUACAUCACCCUAGAGCAAGUCUCGGCGACCGUAGCAUACGUAGAUAAAUCCCUCUUUAUCAAAGAAUUCUUGGAUUCCAAAGAGAUAGUGCUUAUCAUGGCCCCCUCCGGUUUUGGUAAAACAGUAAACAUGGACACCCUCAAACAAUUUCUUCUCGGCAACUCAUUCAUAUUUGAAAGCCACCACUUGAAAAUACGCAUAGAGCACCCCGAGUUUUUCAAACGCCACUGCAGAAAGCACCCUGUGAUACAUGUAAACUUUGCACACAUCGACUGCACUUCUCAUGCCACGUACUUAAGCUCUAUGAAAGACCUUCUGUUUGCUACAUUUAAUGAACAUGCCUACUUGACUGAAAAAACAGAAGAUGGAAAGUUUGUGUGGUCGGAUUUGACGUUACGCACUUACUUAAAAUUUCCGCCAGAAAUGGUAAUGAUCUACAUGUAUGACAGAGAAUUGUCUGAAGAGUUAACCCAAAAUGAUGUGAUUCAGGGGUUGCGAAUAUUGUCCAUAUUUUUAUAUCUGCAUUGGAACGAGGAAGUAAUCGUGCUCAUUGACGAGUACGACGCCCCUCUCAAACAAAUCAUGAAACAGAAAAAUAUGGCAGAUGCUGAGUUAAUUUUAACUGAUUUCACUAGUAUGGUGUCAGCGGUACUAAACAAUAGUGAGUGCGUGGAACGAGCACUCAUAAACACCUGUUUUUGUCCAGAAGCACAGGUACCAACUUACAGGCGACAUUUAUUUUUAAACAACCCCAAAUUUUCCAAGUACUAUGGAUUUACAAAAGAGGAAGUAGUGGGGUUAUUCAAGUGUAAAGAAUUGAAGCGGCUACGACGCACUUUAGAUGAUGUUCACAAAUGGUACGGGGGUUAUGAAUUGGCAGACGAAACCACCACAAUGUACAACAGUCGCUCGAUCCUCACAUACUUAACCCAAAGUGUCAUAUGCAGAAAGCCGGUACUCAGUUCUCAUUGGUUUAAUUGGAACCAUGAAAUUAAGUGGAAACAACUGUUUGCUGUACGUUGCAUUCGUGAAAAAAUCGAAACACUUUUAAACGGUGGCGAAAUUGAAGUCCCAAUGACGGGAUUGUUGACUGUUGGAGACAUUCUCGUGCCAAAAUCACUGAUUGAUUUGAAGCCCGAGGUCAUAAAUGAGGAGGCGGCUAACACUUUUAUUCAAUUUUUAUGCUUAAGUGGAUAUUUUAGUGUCAAGCGAACGACUGACGACAACGUCGUGGUUAAAAUCCCUAAUUUAGAAACUAAGUAUGAACUUGAAAAGAAAUGUCAUGAUGUCGGUCUUUUUCAAAGAAAGUACAAACUAGACCAGAAUAAGAUUGAAGAGUAUGGAAACGCGUUGAAGAAGGUUGCGCAAAAUAAGGAUUCUAAUGCGCUGAUUGGUUUAAAGAACGCCGUACAAGAAUUGUUUGCGUCACCAGCGGUACUACCAACUAGUGACAAUCAAUUUUGUAGUCUUUUGUACACUUUGGCGUACUGUGAGGACUUAUACGUUGCAAAAGUGAAGAGGGGGGAAGAAGUGAUAGAGACUUUAGAUUUCUUGAUUGUUGAGGAGAACACAGGAAUUAUGAUGGAGGUUAGAUUGGACUCUGAGUCUGCCGAAAAGGCACAUUCUGGAAUUUUUGACUAUGAAUCCGACGUUUUUGAGUACAGUAAUUUUAAAGAAAUCACUGAUAAGGUUUACGUGGGGUUGCAUUUAGAUAAAGAGAGAAAUGUUACUUUGUGUUAUAGUGUAAAUCAGGCGGAGGGCGAGAAGCUAUAAAUGUAAAGGUAUAGUAAUUAAUACGGGUUGCAAACGUUAGGUUGGUAACGGGUUAUAUCUUGAAUAAUUUGAAUAAGGUUGGUAGCACUACCAAUAAAGACUAAAUAAUGUCAAAAUAUACAAAACUGACAACAACUAUUCAUAAGUAAUAUAUACACACUAUCGUCAGAGAACAUAGAGAAGCGUCAUAGUUUAAAUUAAAUGAUUAGAAAAAAUGUCAUAAUAUUUUUAACGACGCGUUUUACUUUCGACAAAUUGACAUUAGUCGUUUGAGAACUCGUUUGAUCUGCAGACCACAGCGCACUCAAGCCAAUGUCGACUCUAAGCGUUCGGAAACGAUUUGAUUUAUAAGCCGUGAUCUGAUACACAUCCUAACCGGUUUCGACCAUAAUUUCUUGCUGUUUCAACUUUCGAAUUCUCAGUUUUUCGAAAU